CUCCUCUCAGCUCAGGUUCUGAGCACUUCCUGGUGCUUCUGCAUGGACACGGAGGUGUAUACCAAGCUGAAGUAAAGAUGAAGGUAAAGGCAAGAUGGUACCUGCUGGCUCUGGGUGUUGGAUUGGGGCUCUGUCAGUAUAAAUCAAAGGCAUAUCACCAUGGAGGCACAACAAUUGUCCAUUUGUUCGAAUGGCGUUGGUCUGACAUAGCAGAGGAAUGUGAGCGGUAUUUGGGACCCAAUGGCUUUGAUGGAGUUCAGAUCUCCCCUCCCAACGAGCACAUAGUUGUGUCCAAACCUCACAGGCCCUGGUGGGAAAGGUACCAGCCUGUUAGCUACAAUCUCUGCUCUAGAUCAGGAACUGAAGAAGAGCUCAGGGAUAUGAUCUGCAGAUGCAACCAAGUCGGGGUGAAGAUCUACGCAGACGUUGUCAUCAAUCACAUGUGUUCGUCGGGUGGAGGGGAGGGCAGACACUCGACCUGUGGAUCAUACUUCAAUGCCAGCCGAGAGGAGUUCCCAUCUGUGCCCUACUCCGCCGUCGACUUCAAUGAUGACAAAUGCACCACCAGCAGUGGAAAUAUUGAGAAUUACCAAGACAUUUAUCAGGUGCGAAACUGUCGUCUGGUUGGUCUGCUGGACCUGGCUUUGGAGAAGGAACAUGUGAGGGGGAAAGUGGUAGAUUACAUGAACACUCUAGUGGACAUGGGUGUAGCUGGAUUUAGGGUGGAUGCCUGUAAACAUAUGUGGCCAAGUGACCUGAAAGCCAUCUACAGCAGGCUCCAUAACUUAAAUACCAAAUGGUUUCCAGAAGGUUCUAAACCACUCAUUUACCAAGAAGUCAUUGACCUGGGUGGAGAGCCGAUAAAAGCAAGUGAAUACUUUGGGCUUGGCCGUGUCACAGAGUUCAAAUAUGGCGCUAAGCUGGGCUCUGUCAUUCGCAAAUGGAACGAAUACAAGCUCUCUGACCUUAAGAGCUUGGGUGAGAGGUGGGGUUUGAUGCCCUCUGACAAAGCUCUGGUGUUUGUCGAUAACCAUGACAACCAAAGAGGCCAUGGCGCCGGUGGAGCAUCCAUUCUUACUUUCUGGGAGCCCAGAAUGUACAAAAUAGCUACCGCCUUCAUGCUUGCUCAUCCGUAUGGAAUGACGAGAGUAAUGUCGAGCUACCGGUGGGACCGACAUAUCGUGGACGGAAAGGAUCAGAAUGACUGGAUGGGGCCUCCUAGCUAUCCGGAUGGUUCUACCAAGUCUGUUCCCAUCAGUCCAGAUGGGACCUGUGGAGACGGGUGGGUGUGUGAACAUAGAUGGCCCCUAAUAAGAAAUAUGGUCACCUUUCGUAAAGUUGUCAGCGGUCAGCCAUUGACAAACUGGUGGGACAACAGAGCAAACCAAAUCGCUUUUGGAAGAGGUGGCCAGGGCUUCGUAGUCAUCAAUAAUGAUGAAUGUCCAUUAGACGUCACAUUGAGCACUGGCAUGCCUGCUGGGACCUACUGCGACGUGAUCUCUGGCCUAAAGACGAGAGGGCGUUGCACAGGGAAGACAAUCAGAGUUCAUGCAGAUGGAAAGGCACAUUUCAGCAUCAGCAAUGCCGAUCCUGACCCUGUCAUUGCUAUUCACACACAGUCGAAAUUAUGAGCAUACUAUGAAACUCGGAAUCGGAUAUUUGUGAUAGGAACUAAUGUGUCUUUUGUGCCAUAUGAAAGGAU